GUAAAUAAUCACACAGAAAGGAGCAUACGUAUUUCAAAGUAUAUAUAAAGUCGCACCUGAAAUAGUGGGAAGCAGAUUUGGCACUCGUACAAGAUAUAUCAACACUUCCAAUCAAUACAUAAUGCCUUUGUCGGACUCAGUGAAGAACCUUACCGGUAACGAUGAGGCUACUCAACAGAAACGUAUAGAAGCUUUAGCAGGACUCAAUGUUCUGUUCUUAGCCAUGCCCGGCUUGCCAGGCAUGUCGGCCUCCCUACUAGAGAAAAACAAGAUGCUGGUAGAGACUGGUUGCAACAUUUAUGGAGUGUUCACCUCUAAGGAGGAGAAGCUAUACAGUUUCCUGCAAGAGGGAGAGAGCAAGCUGUUCCCCAAGGAGCUGUUUGCGGAUCUCGGAGGUGAUGAUAUCUAUGUGCAGGCGAAGAACGUGCGAAAGGCGGCAGAAGAGUCUGGCGUGACAUUCGACGCUGUCUUCUCCCCUUACGAAAACAUGAUGACCGUCGUUGGUGCGGUUGCUGAGGAGAUGAACCUGCCUGGUAACCCCGUGGCCGCGUACACAACUGCGCGUCACAAGCACAACGCCCGUGAAGCUCUUAGAAAGGCCGGAAUCGCCACCCCCGCCUCCGCGCUCGUCAAGAGCCCUGAUGACGUUCCUGCUGCCGUAGCGGCGGUUGGCUUCCCCAUGAUUGUCAAGCCCAUUGCCGGCGCUGGUUCUCAGGGUGUGUACAUCGCACGUAACGAGAAGGAGGUUGAGCUCACCGUCGUGAAGCUGAUCCAAGAGAUUACUGGAAAUGCGUUCCUGUCGUAUAACCCUGGACUGGGCGGUGUGGAUAUUGUGUGUGAGGAGUACCUGGAGGGAGACGAGACCGAUGUCGACUUCUUGUUGACGCCUGGAGGCAACAACGAGGUGGUGUACACCCGAAUCUGUGAUGAUGGACCCACUGUCCCCCCAUACUUCGUUGAGAAUCGUGAGAACGCACCAUCUAACCUGCCCGAAGAUGCACAGAAGCAACUGAAGGAGUACGGAGAGAAGGUUCUGCGCGCAUUUGGUUUCACAAUCGGAUGCUUCCAUGUCGAGUGCAUGUGGACUAAGAGAGGACCUCGUCUGAUCGAAGUCAACCCACGUAUGGGCGGUGGACCCGUGCCGCAGUUCCACCAGGAUGUGUACGGAUGUGACAUGUACAUGAACUUCUUCUUGGCGUUGUGUAACAUCCCCAUCAACCCACCUGUGCCGGAAGAACCUCUAUGUACACUGGUUAGUUACUGGAUCGCUACACCCACCACCGGUACCUUGAACAGUCUGUCCUUCCUGGACGCCAUCAAGGCCCACCCCAACUGUAUCUCUGCGUCCGCGAAUUUCCAGGCUGGCGCUUCACUUAAGGGUGUGGAUCGUUCCAUCCCCGAUGUCAUCGGAGCCUUUAUGCUCAAGUUCUCUGCCGAAGAGAAGCAGAGUGGUGUGGAGGAGGCUGAACGACUGGGUCUUUCGCUUGAAUUUGACAUUACACCCGCCGAGGCCCCCAGACGUGCCUCUCGACGUAUGUCCCUACUGGAACCCCAGGAUCUCGAAGAAGUUACCCACUAGUUAUCGUGGCAUUUAUCCCAGCUCAGACCCUGGUUACAUCGUUCGUGUAAAGUAAAUAAAGUAAAACUGAAAUAUAGCUACAGUGUACAGUUUCAUUGAAUUUUGC